AUGGCCCCUCCUCCGCCUUCCAACCUCCCUCUGGGCCAGCGCCUCGCUGCGCUCGCGCAGACUCUGCAGUUCGCCUGGUUCGCCGGUCACGUUACUCUGCUGCUGGCAUCUCUGAGAUACGGACUGUCCUACAUUACCUUCAACUACAACUCCAAGUGGGCAGCCUUCUCGUACCGUACGGCCUUCGUGUCCGCAUGCGUCACCUACGGCAUCGUUGUCUACAAGGCAUACCGCGCCCGCAUGAGGGCCGGUAAGCAGGGCGGUGUUAUGGCCCUGGCCACAGACGAGAACGUUCAGUACCUGAUCAUGGCGCUUGUCUGGCUCUUCAUGCGCCAGGUUCCCCUAGCUGUUCUGCCUUUCACCGUCUACUCCAUCUUCCACGUUGCGACCUACGUGCGCUCUAACUUGAUCCCCACCAUCAGCCCCCAGCCUGCUGCUGCUUCGGCACCUGGCGCUAAGCCCCAGGCUUCGGCUGUCGCCGAAACCAUCGGCAAGUUCGUCAAGGAGUACUACGAUGCCAGUAUGACUCUGGUCGCUCUUCUUGAGAUUGCCCUCUGGUUCCGCGUUGUUGGCUCCGCUCUCCUCUUUCAGAAGGGUUCGUGGAUCCUGCUCGCUGUCUACACUGUCUUCUUCCGCGCCCGCUACGCACAGAGCAGCUUUGUCCAGGAUGCCAUCAACCAGGUCACCGCUCGCAUUGACGCUCAGCUCGCCAACCAGAGCACCCCUCCUGCGGCUCGUCAGGGCUGGGGAACCUUCAAGAACAUUGUCCGCCAGGCUGCUGAUGCGACCGACAUCCGCAAGUACGUCGGUGGCCAGCCCGGCGCUGCCCCCAAGAAGGCCCAGUAA